AGCCGUUGUUUCACUCUGCCGAGGCAAAGCCUUGGACCAUCAGCUCAUUCACAUUCCACCGGCCUCAAAUCAAAAUGAAGGCCUCAACCUCAGCAUCAGAAGAUGGACUGAUUACGGCUGGACCAUAUGGAUCUUCUACUGGAAAACAAUGGGAAGAUCGUGAUGGCAUAGAUAGAAUUGCACAAAUCUUCAUUUCUUAUGGAGAAUCUACUAUCAAAUCUCUACAAUUCAAUUACCUGAAGAAUGGAAACCUUCACUUGUCCGAAAGAUAUGGCGGAUCUGGUGGAGUAAAUUUCAAGACGAUUGAUUUUGAUCUUGAGUCGUCGGAGUAUAUUACUUGGGUCAGCGGACGUCAUCAUCGAUGCUAUGGUUUGGUGUCACUCACAAUCGGAACCAAUAAAUCCAAGUAUGGACCCUUUGGUGGAAAGUGAAUUGGGGAUUCCAAUUUCUAUAUUGGAACAGGAAAGAAUGAUACUUUUGCAGGGUUUCAUGGAUACCAUACCAAAAAGAAGAUCUGCUCAAUUGGAGUUUAUUUUAGACAUUUAACCACAGUUAAAGAACAACAAAUAGAUUUACAAAUUUGUGAUUGAUCAUGUCCGGCCAAUAAGGAAAGCAUGAGGAAACAAAAGAUGCAUGAGAUUGGCUGCAUGGAAAGUAAAGUACAUUGUAAGUUUAAUAUACACUACUCUAGUGAAGCAAAGUAAGUUAAUUUCUGAAUGAAAAACAUAUAAGCUCACUACGCAGAUGCAGGUUCCACUUAAACUCAAUAAAGUUCAUUG